AUGGGAUCGGCGGUGGAGGAAGAAGCCGGAGAUGGUUGGGGUUCGGCGGUGGAGGAGUUGGUUGAAGCUGGACUCGUAGGUGAGCGAGUUGAGUUGACGGGAGAGGGUUCGGAACUUGGCAACGGUUUGGAGGGAGCAGCGGGACAGGAUCUCGAAGGAGACGUCGAGAGGAAGAUCGACGGCGGAGGAGGAGGACCGGAGGAGAGUUUAUGA